AAAUACCCCAUACUCCAAAUGUGGCAAAUGCGGGAACGCAUCUCCUUCCCCCUUCCUCCUCAGUCUUCCCGCAUCUCCUUCCUUCUCCUCUCGAAUCUCCUCCUCUUAAACCCUAACAACAAAACCAGCAUCUUGUAGUUGUAGUCGGCGGCACCUCUGUCAACCACCUCUCCUCUGCUGCUGCUAUUCUCGGGUGGGCGCCCCUCCUGCGCUAGCUCAUGGACGGGACUGGACAGCAUCAGCCUGGGUUAUUAGCAGCUCCAACCACACCUCAAACUCAAACCUACUUGCAUCCUCGCUUGGCCAAUGCUUCAGAUUCGAUUCGAUAUCCAUUAGCAUCUACCGGUCGUGGAUUGCUUCCGGCACCUAGAGGCAUAUUGCCUGAUCCAGUGGCAAGUUCCAUUGCCCCUAACUCGUGGGCUCUUCAGCAGUAUCAACAUCAGCACCAUCACUCUCGAUUGUCUGCUCCCUCUAGUCAUCUUGUUCGCGGUCCUUUUUUGCAUCCUUCUCAGGCUCAUAUAUCACCUGUUUCAUUCUCUGCUGCUGCUAGAGGCGUUCUAUUCAACAAUCGCCCUCAGACCAUGGUUGGUUCAUCUCCCUACUCUGCUCCUGAUAGUAAUGAUCCUAAAGAUCCCAUAGACAAAGGUACUGAUGAUACGUUGGUCACUCUUAGAGAUCGAAAGGUCAGGAUAUCAGACGGGGCAUCACUGUAUGCUCUCUGUCGGUCGUGGUUGAGGAAUGGAUGUGUAGAAGAUAAUCAACCACAGUAUGGAGAUGUUCUAAAGUCUCAUCCGAAACCCUUUCAUCUGCCUCUUCCUCUGCCUCCGCAUGAAUAUUCCUCACCGAAGAGAAAGGAGAGAGAUGAUGAAACGGAAGUUGACGAGGACGAGAAUUUAGUUGAUAUUUCAAAUGCUCAAGAGUUGCUAACAAGCCAUGUUAAGCAAGCUAAGAGAGUUCGAGCAAGAUUAAGGGAAGAAAGAUCACAACGCAUUGAAAGAUACAAAAGUAGACUUGCUCUUCUUCUUACACCUAACGGAGAUGUGCAAAAUCAGCAGGAAUGAUACAGUCCCUGGUCCCUGAGUAGUUGAGUACUACAUAGCUAGUUUGUAUGAUUGAUUUCUGGUUCCUGUUGCUUCCGUUCCUCCUGUAAUAUGUUACUAAAGGAUGGGACGGCAUCAGGUUUUGUAGAUUAAGUUAUGUCGCGAGUUUUGUUGUAUGAUUUUUCUUCAAUGAGCAAUCAGAGGUUUUGCCAACA